AUGGCCGGCUGCUUGGAGUCUGCGCUGCUGCUGUUGCUGCUGCUGGGGUCUGCGAGCUCCGCCGACGGGAAUCGCUGCGUGGACGCGGCCGAGGCGUGCACAGCAGACGAGCAGUGCCAGCAGCUGCGCUCCGAGUACGUGGCACGGUGCCUGGGCCAGGCAGCGCCCGGGGGCUGGCCGGGAACCGCGGGCUGCGUGCGCUCCCGCUGCCGCCGUGCCCUGCGCCGCUUCUUCGCCCGCGGGCCUCCGGCGCUCACGCAAGCGCUGCUCUUCUGCGGUUGUGAAGGCCCCGCGUGCGCCGAGCGCCGGCGCCAGACUUUCGUGCCCGCCUGCGCGUUCUCGGGCCCCGGGCCGGCGCCGCCCUCUUGCCUGAAGCCCCUGGACCGCUGCGAGCGCAGCCGCCUGUGCCGGCCCCGUCUCCUUGCCUUCCAGGCCUCGUGCGCUCCCGCGCCCGGCUCCCGCGACGGCUGCCCGGAGGAGGGGGGCCCGCGUUGUCUGCGCGCCUACGCAGGUCUCGUAGGCACCGUGGUCACCCCCAACUACCUGGACAACGUGAGCGCGCGCGUCGCGCCCUGGUGCGGCUGUGAGGCCAGCGGAAACCGGCGCGAAGAGUGCGAAGCCUUCCGCAAGCUCUUUACAAGGAACCCCUGCUUGGAUGGUGCCAUACAAGCCUUUGACAGCUUGCAGCCGACAAUUCUGCAGGACCAGCGGAACCCCUACCAGAACGCUGGGUGCUGUUUCCUGCAGGGGGUGGUGUGUGUGUGUGAUGAAUGGCCUGAGAAGAGAUGGGGGCAGAAACCGUUCUCAUUUUGUCCUCUCUCCCGAGGUGUCCUGGCUGUGUGUACUCACUACCCUGGCUCUCCAAGCCCUGCUCUAAUUAGGAAGGUGAACCGUGGACAACACAGCUGACUGCAUAUCUCUGGAUUACUGCUCACUCAACUGAAACUCCCUUGCCCUCAGGUCUGCUGUCCUUUGCGGGUCUGGACCCCUGUGUCUCUGUGCCCUGGACUGAGGGCUGGAGGCUAGGGUCUGAGUGAAAAGCCCAUGUUCCCCUGUCAGUAGGCAUCUUGUCUGUGUCCUUCACCAUCCUUGAGAUGAGUACCAGUUGAUGAGACUUCAUUUCGCCCCUUGGGCUUACAGAGCAGGAUAGACUAGGCCCCACUCCUAGAAUUUGGAACUGUCCUUUUCCAAGAAGACAAGGCACUAAGGAGAUCAUAGGAACAGACUGACAGACAAGACUGCCUCAAGUUAGCACUACAGCCUAAAUACCCUCCCAGUUAGCCAUGACUCACCAUUAAGCCUACCUGUGCCCCAGGACCAGCACUGACAUUGCUUGUCACCUAUGACCUGUUGCUGUGUAGGCAUUAAAGAGAGAGACUCAAAAAUUACACACACACACACAUACACACACACACACACACUCAGGUCCCUCCUGCUCAGCAUCCCACUGCUUCCCAGGUUCUCCCUGCUAUGGUAUCCCCAGUACCUGCAGUGGCUCAAUAAACCCUUGUGCACCAAGACCAA